AUGUCUUCUUCGUCUCGCAGCCUACACGGUUGCGAUGUCGUCUUCUGAUGGACGUUUUGGAGGUUUCUUGUCCCGUGGUGGUUUCGUUGCAGGCUAAGCGUAUGGGAUCCGAAGGGUGCGGCGGAGUUAGGGUUUCGUCGAAUAAAACAGCAGACAACAGCAACUGUGAGAAGACUCGCGUCGAGAUUGAGCGUUCAAUUAGUAAGAAAGGAGGUGGGGUUUCAGAUCCGUCUCAAUGGCGCAAGUUAAUGCACUCACACGACUUUGUACAUGAUAGGCUUACCAAACUCCGUGUUGAAAGUUCUUCCGAGCCUCAGAACGGUUAUCUACCGAUCGCCAGUCCUGAAAGUGCAGAGUCUUCUAGGAAAAGAGGAAAGCUUUCGAGAAAUAGUAGUAGCAACCUUACUUCCAAAAGGUCUAGAUUGAUUCUUUUAGAUGACACUGUCAGAGAUAAUGACUCCAAGGAGUUAUCUGGACAAGGAUCUACUCUCUCAGAUAAACCCUUAGCAGUGAAGCAACGAAGCAGCUGUAAUGGCAGGCGAAGUGAUAAGAGGACUCCAAAAGUUCUCACUAGAACUUUUUCAACUGUCAAUCCAGCCACUGGCGAAAAUGCUUAUUUUGGUGCCUAUGGCUUGAAGCCUGAUAUAAAUGAUGUUACCAAACUCGUUGAAGAUUUGUCACUGAACAAGCUUCUUGAAGGCUCUUAUGAGUGUCCUUCUUUGGGCAAAGACAAAAUGAAGAAACUUGAGAAGACUAAUGACACUUUGCUGAGUGUAGUCAGAAAUGUUUGGUCUGUUCUUCCAACUAGAAGGCCUGUUCAAUCACAAAUCUCUGCUGAAUUAGACGCUUGCAUCAGCAGAUCUCUGGAGUCGCCUAGCUCUAUCUCUGCAACAGUAAAUGGUGAAAACAGCGUUAAAGUAAAUGCUCUUGAUGGAGAUCUAUCCUCAUCUUCUAAGGAUCAUUGUGUCAAUCCUGAGAUUCCUUCCUCACCACUUAAUUUUCCAUUAUGCAAGUCUAGCGAUGUAUUGAAAAGAUUAGGGCUUCCUUCGCCGAAAGAUUUAGAUUCUCUGCUCCAAGACGCUUCAAAACCUUCUCAGAACUCUAAGAACAUGUUAGAUCAGCAGCGUUCAGCUAAACAACUACCUCUACGUGGCGGAUUGCCACAUUUCCCGUGGUCACAGGCUUAUAAUGCGAGCUCUAGAACCAACUCGGAAGCUGCAAAGCUUCUUACUGGCAAAACGCUUUGUCAAGGACGAUGGCUAAGAAUAGCCGAGACUACUAUGAGCUCUCACGAGAGUAUAACCAAUCAUUUCGCAAAUCUGGAUUCACUCACUUUCAACCAAAGCUUAGUCCUUCCAGUACAGAAGCAAACUGGUGCUGGAACUAAGACCACUUCGUGCCAGUGCACAGAAGCAUCUGUGUCUACCUUUCAAAAAGCGUCAUGUGUUCCUACAGAAGCAGAGGGCUCGCAAGAUGUUCAAGACGAUGCUCGAUCCUGUCCUCAGCUACUAGCAGCUGCUCAAACGCUUUGUGACUUUGCAGUCCAAUCCGGAAACCACAACAACAACCCAAACGGAAUCCUCAGGUGGCCAACGAUGCUUUCUCAGAAGUCAAUGAAGGCCCGCAAAUCCAAACUAAUAGAAACGCCUCUUGAAAGGCACGGAACAACUGAAUCCUCCUCCUCCUUACAUCUUAUCUCAAGCAGCAAGAAGAACAACCACGUGAGAAAAGAUUCAGCAGCGCUGCAUAAUCAUCAUGAUCGCCAUCAUCUUCCUAAGCCCUCAAAGAGACUGAAACUAUCAACGAUGGAGAACAAGAAAGGAUCAUUCCCGAGCUCAUCAGCAUCCGCGAUAGAGUCAGAUAGAAAACAUUCAUCUUCAAGCAAGUUCAAGAAUCAUUCCCGUAUGAUGAUGCCGCCGCCUCCACCACCAACGAGAACACUCCAAAAAUCUUCCACUUAUCCUCAUAAAGCUCGGAGGUUUCCAGGAAUCGGUUGAUAGAUCCAUAUAAAAACCAAUCUUAUUUACACAAAGCCGGUCUGGUAUUACAAGGGGGACAAAACCACUUCGUAGGAGUCGUAUGUAAAUAUGAAUGUUGUCACGGUGUAAGGUAAGUUCUCUAUUUGCACAGUUUAGGAGGUGCAGAAGACUAUAUAUAUAGUUUAUAUAUGUAUUGCCUUCAAUGUUGUAACAUUUUUUUUUUCAUUUGUAGUUGUAGCCCACACAGUUCUUUUAAGGUCUGUUGUGUUUAAAGAUUAUUAAUUCUACGAGGUUAAUGAUA